AUGUGGAAGACACUUGCAACUUCUUUACGGUAUAAACAUGAAAUUGUUUUUACUGUUGCUUCGAGUGGGAUAGCGUCACUUUUAUUACCUAGGGGCAGAAUUGCUCCAUCUAAAUUUAAAUUACCUGUAUCUAUUUUGGACAAUUCUACUUGCAACAUUGAAUAUAAUGAUGUCUAUGGCAAACUGCUUCGAGAAACUAAGUUGAUUAUUUGGGAUGAGGCCCCUAUGGCGAGCAAGUUCUGUUUUGAAGUACUUGACAAAACUUUAAAGAAUGGCAUGAGUAGUUAUAGAAACUCUAAACAAAUUUUUGGUGGGAAGGAGCCUAAUGAUGGUUAUGCUGAUAUUAAUAUUCCUCGUGAUAUUUUAAUAGAAAAUUUUGAUGAUUCUAUUGUUGCCAUUGUUGAAAGUGCCUACCCUACUUUCAUGGAUGAUUACAAAUCUUUCAAUUACCUUAAAAGUCGAGCUAUCUUAGGAUCAACAAUUGAAGUUGUUGAUCAAAUUAUUAAUCAUAUUAUUGAUAUGAUAUCAAGACAAUCAAAGGAUUAUUAUAGCUCUAACUUAGUUGACCAUAUUGAGAUUUAUGAUAACAGGAUUAUUGAAGUCCUUACUCCUGAGUUUCUCAGUUCUCUAAGAACUUCUGGAUUUCCUAAUGUCAUUAAAUUAAAUGUGGGUACCCCAAUAAUGCUUAUGAGAAACAUUGAUCAAUCUGAGGGUUUGUGCAAUGAAACUAGGUUAAUAGUGACUAAUAUGGAAAAUCAUGUUCUUGAAAUUGAAAUUAUGGGUGGAAAAGGCCAUGGCAAACUUAUCUACAUUCCUAGAAUGGAUAUGUCACCAUCACAAUCGCCUUGGCCUUUCAAAUUGAAUAGAAGACAAUUUCCAAUCAUUGUAUCGUUUGCAAUGACCAUCAACAAAUCUUAA